AUGCGGCUCAGUGACUGGGGUGGCCCUGAACUCGUGCUGCUCAGAUACGCGGCUGAGACGAGCGUGACUCUGGCCCUAGGAGCUGCCUCUGAACGCACCGUCGCAUCUGUGCCAAGGUCACGGUUCCCACAGCUGCUCCCAUCAGUGACUGAGCAACUGUGGUCCGGUGCAACCCAUGAACACAGACACCUCAUCCACUCCCUCAAGAGGCAGUUAUCUGGCAUCUUCCAUCAUGGGCGACCACAGAUACACGCAAAGCCAGUCGAAUGCAGUGCUAAACUUGGUACCGGAGAUCGUAAUGAUGAUGACGACGACGAUGAAACAGACAAGGACGUUCUCGCCUUUGCAAGCCCAGAGUGCCCGGUGUGCGGCUCCUUCUACCGCGAGCCCAUCCUGCUGCCCUGCUCGCACAACCUGUGCCAGGCGUGCGCCCGCAACAUCCUGGUGCAGACGCCCGAGUCCGAGUCCCCGCGCAGCCGGCGCGCCUCGGGCUCCGGCGCCUCCGACUACGACUACCUGGACCUGGACAAGAUGAGCCUGUACAGCGAGGCGGACAGCGGCUACGGCUCCUACGGGGGCUUCGCCAGCGCGCCCACCACGCCGAGCCAGAAGUCCCCCAACGGCGUCCGCGUCUUUCCCCCGGCCAUGCCGCCGCCCGCCGCCCACCUGUCGCCGGCGCUGGCCCCGGUGCCCCGCAACUCCUGCAUCACCUGCCCGCAGUGCCACCGCAGCCUCAUCCUGGACGACCGGGGGCUCCGCGGCUUCCCCAAGAACCGCGUCCUGGAGGGGGUCAUCGACCGCUACCAGCAGAGCAAGGCCGCGGCCCUCAAGUGCCAGCUCUGCGAGAAGGCGCCCAAGGAGGCCACCGUCAUGUGCGAACAGUGCGACGUCUUCUACUGUGACCCGUGCCGCCUGCGCUGCCACCCGCCCCGGGGGCCCCUGGCCAAGCACCGCCUGGUGCCGCCGGCCCAGGGCCGCGUGAGUCGGCGGCUGAGCCCGCGCAAGGUCUCCACCUGCACGGACCACGAGCUGGAGAACCACAGCAUGUACUGCGUGCAGUGCAAGAUGCCCGUGUGCUACCAGUGCCUGGAGGAGGGCAAGCACUCCAACCACGAGGUCAAGGCCCUGGGGGCCAUGUGGAAGCUGCACAAGAGCCAGCUCUCCCAGGCGCUGAAUGGUCUGUCGGACAGGGCCAAAGAAGCCAAGGAAUUUCUGGUGCAGCUCCGCAACAUGGUCCAGCAGAUCCAGGAGAACAGCGUGGAGUUUGAGGCCUGCCUGGUGGCCCAGUGUGACGCCCUCAUUGACGCCCUCAACCGACGGAAAGCCCAGCUGCUCGCACGCGUCAACAAGGAGCAUGAACACAAGCUGAAGGUGGUUCGAGACCAGAUCUCUCACUGCACCGUGAAAUUGCGCCAGACCACGGGCCUCAUGGAGUACUGCCUGGAGGUGAUUAAGGAGAAUGAUCCCAGUGGCUUUUUGCAGAUUUCUGACGCCCUCAUAAGGAGAGUGCACCUGACUGAGGACCAGUGGGGGAAGGGGACGCUCACUCCCAGGAUGACUACGGACUUCGACCUGAGUCUGGAUAACAGCCCUCUGCUGCAGUCCAUUCACCAGCUCGACUUCGUGCAGAUGAAAGUCCCAGCGACCCCCAUCCUACAGCUGGAGGAGUGUUGCACCCACAACAGCAGCGCCACGCUGUCCUGGAAGCAGCCGCCUCUGUCCACGGUGCCCGCCGAAGGGUACAUUCUGGAGUUGGAUGACGGCAACGGGGGCCAGUUCCGGGAAGUGUACGUUGGGAAGGAGACCAUGUGCACCGUGGACGGUCUGCACUUCAACAGCACUUACAACGCUCGCAUCAAGGCCUUCAACAAGGCGGGCGUCAGCCAGUACAGCAAGACCCUGGUCCUGCAGACGCCGGAGGUGGCCUGGUUUGCUUUCGACCCUGGCUCGGCGCACUCUGACAUCAUCUUCUCCAAUGACAACUUGACUGUGACGUGCAGUAGCUAUGAUGACCGGGUGGUGCUGGGGAAGACCGGCUUCUCCAAGGGCGUCCACUACUGGGAGCUGACUGUGGACCGCUAUGACAACCAUCCCGACCCAGCCUUCGGCGUGGCUCGCAUCGACGUGAUGAAGGAUGUGAUGUUAGGAAAGGACGACAAAGCUUGGGCAAUGUAUGUGGACAAUAACCGGAGCUGGUUCAUGCACAACAACUCGCACACCAACAGAACUGAGGGAGGCAUCGCCAAGGGGGCCACAGUUGGGGUGCUGCUCGACUUAAACAGAAAAACCUUGACGUUCUUUAUCAACGACGAGCAGCAGGGGCCCAUCGCCUUUGAGAACGUGGACGGCCUGUUCUUCCCGGCCGUCAGCCUGAACCGGAACGUGCAGGUCACGCUGCACACUGGGCUCCCGGUCCCCGACUUCUACUCCAGCAGAGCAUCAAUAGCCUAAGGAUGUGCUGUGGCGGCACCAGCUGCCCGUUCUUCCCCCGUGCCAGAGCGACAGCAAGGAGCUCACGUCAGAGAGCUGGGAGGAGGGGCCGGAGGAGGAGAGAAAGCUGGUCCUCUGGUCUGCACACCCACAGCCCCGCGCCUCUCCCUUUGAGCUCCCUACGGCUGUGACGCCUGUGUUCGCCUCCACAGUCAGCAGUUCUGACCAACCCAGCACCUAGACAGCCCACCCCUCACUCUGUUUCCACUCCCAGAUUUUGCUUUUAUUUAACUAAAUUUUUUAUGUAGGUGAGUUAUAUAUAUAUUUUUUUCUGAUCAUGUUAUUGGUGACUUACUGAACUGGCGCUGCCAGGAGGAAGUUCUCCUGCUCGCUUUCUUCUCAAGCUUUCUGACAAAGAUGUCGGGAGAGGUAGGGAAGGAAGCAGGAGCUGAACUGGGAGCUUGUGCCUCACCUUGGAGAAUGUUCCUGUGCUCGUCCCGCUGGGGCGGUGCUGGCGCGGCAUAGCUCAUCUUUGGGAGGAGGGCAGAGAGAAUGUAGCACUGAGAAGCAGUGACUACCCGUUGAAGCACAAAAACGUCAGCCACACAUCACACAAAGGUUGGUCGUGGGGUAGCUUCACUGGGACGGCUGGUUCCUUAGGACAGGCCGGAGACCCUGGUCACGAAACGAAAUUGGAAAGUCUGUAGACAUUGGCAGACCAGGGGCCUUAAUGAUUUGGUUCAUUUGUUUGAUACAAGUGUUUAAUGGAGAGCCUACUAUGGACCAGGCACUGUUCUAGACACUGGAGACACGGUGCUGAAUACACAGGCGUGGUCUCUGCCCACCUGGAGCUUACGGGAGCAAACAGAAAGUUACAUAAUGACAAAUUGUUACAAGUGCUAGAGAGGAAUCAACAAGGGGCACAGAGGCUCAUUGGUAAGAUCUUCCAGAUCCGCUAUCCACCCGUUGUGGCCACGGCACCAGAAAUGUACCAGCUCAAUGCCUUUCAGCCGCACAAUUUUAAUCAUAGUGCCUGCUGCCGUGCAUCGGAGCCCUUCCCUGGUAGAGCUGGCAUCAGCAUUCUUAUUUGUUAAUGCUGCACUGCUACUAAGCCUUAAAAAUGAGUGUGAAAAACUACAGUGACCAGAGGGAGGAGGACCCGUCCCAGGGAUGGGAUCUUAGGUUGCAGCCCACGGCCCUCACGUUCUCAGGAUAAACACGCCUGUCUCAUGUGUACUGUCUGUGCCUGUUACAAGUGAGAAACCCAUCGCUCUGCUACCAUUCACAGCCCCACUCUCCAGAGAAGUUCAGAUGAAGACCGGAAGAAGAUGAAACUGUACGUCAUCGCUGACUGACCGCAAACUCAGACAGCUUUCCACUUCUAUAGGGGGACGGGCUUCUCAAGUCACCCUUCAGAUUCUUAGUUUGUCAUUGAGUUUUAGAAAAUGUAGCACCUGGAAAGAAGUUCUGAUUAGUUGUCUAAAUAUUCGCCAGUGAGCCAAGAAAUUUACUGUGGAAAAACAAGAAUAACAAGUAGAAGGGAAGAGGGGGGAUGAGAAAGCUAACAAAAAGUUUUGGCAAAAAGUACUACCUGUAAAUAGCUAACGAUUUUCUCUUCUGCUUCCUUGACUUGGGUGGUCUCCGUCAGUCACAGUGUUCUCCUAGGUGAGCGCACCUGAUUUAUUGAACGGGUGCUAUUCUCUCUGUGCCCUUCCCGGGUUUUCUCGGCUACAGAAACGCUCUGUUGCAGGACAACACCGGUUUCACAUUUGAUUUACUCUCCACGGAGACUCGAUGGCUGGGCCGCUGUAGACUCAUAGUUACUCUUGUUCUUUAUUAAAUUCGUCCUGCUAAUUAGAUUUCCAGUGACUUGUAACACAGAGUUUUCACAAAAUUGCUGUUCUAGAACAAUUACAGAACAAAGCAUAUAGCUACUGUGCUAGAAAAAAUGGA